UAAUUGUGCUUUGUGCGACAAGAUGGAAGAUCGAGGUCCAGCUAAGAGAAAAGUAAAACCAGUAGAGCCUCAGUCGUUGCUAGAUUUUGACCUCGAAGAAGGCGAAAGCUCAGAUGAUUCUGACUUUCGUAUUGAAGAUCAUCCAGAAGAGAGUGAUGAUUAUUCCAUCAAUAGUGAUGAUGACGAUAAAAAGUAUGAAAAGAAUGCUUCUGAAGAGGAAACUGGAUCAGAUGAUGAUGACUUCAAAGGGUCUAGCAAUAAGAUUGGAGAAGAAGCUUCAGCUAUAGAUGUUCUUGAGAAAGCUAAAAAGCAUGAGUUUAAGUUUCCAGGUGAACUAGCUAAUCUCUUGAUUUGUGCUGGGUGCCUAGGCUCUCGAAGUGAUGACUUCAAUGAAAUUGUUGAAUGUGAUGGUUGUGGUGUUACUGUUCAUGAGGGCUGUUAUGGUGUUUCUGAUGUGACUAGUGAAUCAAGUACAGUUAGUUCAGCAUCUACUGAACCAUGGUUUUGUGAAGCUUGUAAGGCUGGUGUCACCGAUCCCAACUGUGAAUUAUGCCCUAACAAAGGUGGGAUUUUCAAGGAGACUGAAGUGGGUGCUUGGGUGCAUUUGGUUUGUGCACUCUACGUCCCUGGGGUUGCAUUUUCAGAGGUAGAACGUUUAUCAGGUGUGACUCUUUUCGAAAUGGCUUAUUCUCGUUGGGGAGCACGUUCUUGCGCACUAUGUGAAGAUGUGACUCUGGCACGUACAGGAGUGUGUGUGGGAUGCGAUGCUGGCUUGUGUAAAACAUUCUUCCAUGUAACUUGUGGUCAGCGGGAAGGUCUUUUAGCUGAGGCACACACAGAAGAAGUAGAGCAAGCUGAUCCAUUUUACGCUCACUGUAGACUGCACUCUGACAAAACACUAGUUAAAAAACGGAAAAGAAACUGGCUAGCUUUGCAGCUGAGAACUGAAAAAAGAAAAUUUGAGUUAAAAGAAAAUUUGAGUACUGACGAGAAACUUCGAAUUCAGCGGAAACUAGUGAAGUACAGGAAAAAGUACUUACAACAGAAAAAUAAUAGAAAUCCUCCAUGGGUUCCAACACAAAAGAUGGCCAGGAUGCUUUACAGCAGUGCUUCUGCAAUACGGAAGUUUCAAAGGAAAGCAGAAUGUAUGGGAAUAGAUACACAUGCGUUGGAGUUCCAAGACGCACAGAUGGCAGCACUGAAAGAUGUUUCUCGCCGAUGGCACGUCCCGCCGGCUUUCUCCGUCGAAUUCGUCGGCUACUACUUGGAUAGAAAUAACCGAGCGACAACCCUGAGAGAGUCUCUUGAAAGAUUAACGAAAGAUAAUGAGAGGUUGCUUGCUGGCGAUGACAAGUUAAGAGCUGAAUAUGAUGAAGCAUCCAAAGAGAACACGGAAGCGCUUGCCGAGUUGUCUUCGGCCAGACAAGCAUUGCAAAAGAUAUACGCGGCUAUAAUCGCGAUAUGUCCAAAGAAAACCGCGCCCUCAAUACUGGAGGACAAGCCACUGCUGCCUCCCGAACUACCACGAUCCACACCUAAAGUCACACCGCAACAGUUGCAGAGACGAGGGUCGGCUACCAGGUCGAUGUCUGUGCCGACUGCGGCCGCACUUAAGAUGGGGGUUGGUUUUCCUCUUAGCGACAACCUGGACGCUCGCCAUGGAAAAGUCUUGUCUACUUCGGUCGAAGCGUCGUUGUGCGGCGCGUGUGCGGUGUGCGGCGGCCGCAGCGAGCGACCCCUGAUGGCGGCGUGCGACACGUGCCGCCGGCACUACCAUCUGCACUGUCUGCGGCCCCCGCUCACUCGCCCGCCCAAGAAGAGCAAACUGUACGGAUGGCAAUGUUCGGAGUGUGAUAAAACAUCCGAUUCCGAACCAGAGGUGUUAGAAAAGAAAGGUCCUCGUCGUUCCCGAAUACGGUACAGUAAAGACGGAGCCAUAAUCGCCGACCCGCAGAGUCCCGGCACGGCACCGCCGUCUCCGCCGUCCAAGUCCUCGGAACAAUCCCACAGACAGGAAAAGCACGCGAAAAGCGCUGUCACAGAAAAUUUAUCACCAAUCAAAGUUACGAUAAAACCGUUCGAGUUCAGCGAUGGUAAUGAAACUGCCGAAAUCAAGUUGAAGAAGGACAAAAAGAUCAAGAAGUCCAAGCUAAAAGAAUACGGGUCGACUUCGGCCGGUGAAGGAGAUUCUAUCCCGAAGAAAUUACACAAAAGAAGCUUCACUUCACCAGCCCUGACGAAUACCCCGUUGAUGUCGAUUACACCUAUUGUGGCUGACAGCCCUAAUGAUUCUCAUAACGAAAACUCGAACGCGUCUAACAACGUCGGAUCUACGAAAGAGUUUGUGUCACAAAAUAUAUCAUUCUCAUCGCUCCUUCACGAUAUAAAGGACAAAGAGAGAGAUAGUAAGAGCAUUGAGACGUCGAUAGAAAAUACAUUGGCCAAUUUAUCAUCCGAUAUCGCUACGUACAAGGCGAACCGGAAACGAAGAAAGGAAAAACAUAGGUCACGUUAUUCGCCGGAUUUGUUAAGGUCACCUUCGAAGUCACAUAAACAUAAAAGGAAGAAGAAAACUCAAGAUAUGGAGAAUCCAGAAAUGCCGCAUCCUAGGAUUACCAUCAAGAUAAAGCCGAUACCAAAACCGGACGGAUCUCUCGACACGCAGAUGUUCUACGUUCCCACUGACAGCAACGACGGCCCUCCGCCUGCGGUCAUGAAGAAACUCUCGAAGCACGCCGAACAAGAGGUAACAAAGCCACCAGAGGAGGCACCAGUACCGUCGGUGGUGGAUGAUACGAACGAGACUCCGUUGCCUCCCCCGACAACUCAGGAGGAAAAUGGAACCGAAACGAAAUGUACCAAACCCAAGCGAGUACGCGGCGGCAGGAGUAGCCGCGGUCCCACCAGCGCGUCGGACGCGCCGCCUGCCGCGCUCUGUCCCAUGACGCACUGCGACGUGUGCCACCAGCCCGGGGACAACACCAACCUUGUUAGGUGCGACGAGUGUAACAAGAGGUACCACUUUACCUGUCUGGAGCCUCCCCUGAACAAGAAUCCUAAGAAACGCGGCUAUUCCUGGCACUGCGCUGAUUGUGAUCCUACGGACGUUGAAGAAAACAAUUAAUAUCAAGAUCUGAUUUUAAUUUUUAAAUUAGUGUUUAGUUGAAACGUUACAUAUAAUGUCAGUGAUAAGUUACUUAAAUUGUGUACUAUGACUUAAUUAAUAGUGGAAAUAUUCUACGUUAGUCAGUAAAUAUUACCAGUUUACAAUAUCAUGUAAUAAAUGACAUGUU